AUGGCAACUUUUCCCCCUGAAGGAAACUCCCGGGAUUACUGCAAAGAAAAGUUCAGGGAGGUCAUCUACACCAGAAAUAAACAGGUCAGCCCUCGGCCAAGGUCACCCACCAGGGUAACCAAAAGGUUCAGCCUCCAGUUACAGCCCAACAUGGCAGAGGAUUCUUAUUGUGAGAUACACCUGGAACCAGCCUGGCUGUUCUGUGAAGAUGACCAAGUCACACUUUGUAGCACCUGCUUCCAGAGCCCAGAACACAAGCAUCACGUGGUACGUGGGGUACAAGAAGCUGCCGAGAGUUACAGGAAGUUAUUCCAAGAAAUAUUGCACACCUUGAGGGAGAAAGUGGAAGUAGCUAAAAGCAUACUGGGUGAGGAGCAAGAAAGAAUGGUGAUGAUUCAGGAAGAGGAGCAGAAUUUUAAAGAGAUGAUUGAGUCUGAAUAUAGGACCAGGCUCCGGUUGUUGAGUGAGGAGGACGAGGUGAGCCUGCUGAGAGCACCAGGAUGCAGGCCGGCUUUAAGCUCGGGAGAAGCCAGUCUGAAUCAAUUCUUCGAAGCUGCAGCAGAGCCAGUGGAGAAGCCCCAGGAAACCCUGCAGAGAUUGAGACAUUUAGGGAGAGAGAACAGGAAUAAACUGAAGGAGAGUGAAAUCCGAGUUUCUGAGCAGAUCUGCAGCCUCCGAAGUCUCACCGCAGAGCUCGAGGAGAAGUGUAGGGGACCAGCCUUACUGAUGCUCAAGGAUGCAAAAUACUGUUUGGAAAGGAGUGAGUCCCUACUGGUCCAGUGCUUACAGCCUGCUCAUCUCACAGACCUGAGUUUAUGCCAACCACCAGGAAUGAGCAAAAUACCAAGAGCGCUCCACAGACAUAUAACUUUGGAUCCCAGGACAGCUCAUCCCUGCCUGGUCCUCUCUGAGGACCUGAGAAGUGUGACAGUUGGAAAUACCUGGCAGGAUGUGCCUGGAAGCCCGGGGAGAUUUGACUUCAGUGCCACCGUGCUGGGAGUAGAAAGCUUCAGCUCGGGGAGGCACUACUGGGAGGUGGAUGUGGAAAAGGCAACUAAGUGGCAACUGGGCAUAUGCCAAGACCCUGCGCACAGAAGGGGCCCCAGGCCCACUACUUCUGGAGAUAAAAUUCUCUUCAUGGAGGCCGUGAUGGGCACAGAUUGUACCUUCUGGGUUUUUCCCCCUUUGAAACAAGUGUCCUUGAAAAAGCCCAUGCACAAAGUGGGCCUUUUCCUAGACUGUGAACAUGGGCACAUAUCAUUCUACAAUGUGACCCAGAGAACCCUCAUUUAUAAUUUCUCUCAGCUCUCCUUCCAAGGACCUCUGAGGCCUGUGUUUUCUCUUUGUAUCCCAAGUGGAGACACCAGUUCAGACUCUCUCACUGUCUCCUCGGGUCAUGUUCCUUCUUCCAGUGACGACUGUUAG